CAGUUGACGGGCUCUCUCCACGGCGCACGCAUGAUCGCCGGAGCGGAUUCGCGGAGCAGCAGCUGAUCGUGCGCUUUCAUUUUCUGUGUGAAAAGACAUUGUGGCUUUGUUCGCGAAUCGGCAUUAUCACGAGUGAGAAGUGUUGACAUACAUAUCUCUGAUUUUAGCAACAAUAUCUUGUGAACUAUACUUAAUUCUGCCAAAAUGCAAACCCAAAUGCAAUCCCCAAUGCAGUACGAGAGUCACAUCUCCGAUAUACCCACCCACAAAAUCUACUCCCGCCGCCCAGAAGAGGCUGAGAUGAACAGCACAUCGGAAAGUUGUUCCAUCUCGUCAUCAUGCGGCGGUCGGUUCGGAUCGGUGCACUCGACCUUAGAUGACCACGAUGCUACGGACGACGACAUGACCUUCUGCAUGUCCAACUACCCCAAGGAGGCCCUGAAGAUGAUGUUCAUGAUGCGGUCGCACGGCAUGCUGACGGACGUUGUGCUCGAGGUGAAGAAGGAGCUAUUUCCUGCCCAUAAGGUUGUGCUGUCCGCCGCAUCGCCCUAUUUCAAGGCCAUGUUCACGGGCGGCCUCAAGGAGUCGGAAAUGUCGCGCGUCCAGCUCCAGGGGGUGUGUCCCACGGCCAUGUCUCGCAUCCUGUACUUCAUGUACACCGGCCAGAUUCGAGUGACUGAGGUGACGGUGUGCCAACUCCUGCCCGCGGCCACCAUGUUCCAAGUGCCAAACGUAAUCGAUGCCUGCUGUGCCUUCCUAGAGCGCCAAUUGGACCCCACCAAUGCCAUUGGUAUCGCCAACUUUGCCGAGCAGCACGGCUGUGUGGAACUGCAAAAGAAGGCGAAUAUUUUUAUUGAGCGGAAUUUUACCCAGGUGUGCCAAGAGGAGGAGUUCCUCCAACUUUCAGCCUAUCAGUUGAUAGCCCUGAUCCGCAGAGAUGAACUGAAUGUGCAGGAGGAGCGAGAGGUCUACAAUGCUGUCCUAAAGUGGGUUAAAUACGACGAGGACAAUCGACACUGCAAAAUGGAACAUAUUCUGGGCGCCGUGCGUUGCCAGUUCCUGACGCCCAACUUUCUCAAGGAGCAGAUGAAAAACUGCGAUGUUCUGCGAAAGGUGCCCGCUUGCCGGGAGUAUUUGGCCAAAAUCUUUAAGGACUUAACGCUGCACAAGUGUCCAGGUGUAAAAGAACGGACACCCAACACCACUCGCAUGAUAUUCGUGGCUGGCGGCUUCUUCCGGCAUUCAUUAGACAUUCUGGAGGCCUACAAUGUGGACGAUAAGACUUGGACGACACUGCCAAAUCUGCGAAUUCCAAGAUCCGGCCUUGGUGCCGCCUUUCUCAAGGGCAAGUUCUACGCGGUUGGAGGCAGAAAUAACAACAUUGGCUCCUCCUACGACUCGGAUUGGGUGGAUCGGUAUAGUACCGUCAGUGAAACGUGGCGUCCCUGCUCUCCGAUGUCCGUGCCCCGCCAUCGAGUGGGCGUGGCCGUUAUGGACGAGUUAAUGUACGCCGUGGGCGGAUCUGCGGGCAUGGAGUAUCACAACACUGUGGAAUACUACGACCCGGAACUCGAUCGCUGGACCCUCGUGCAGCCAAUGCACGCUAAACGUUUGGGUGUCGGGGUGGUGGUGGUCAAUCGCCUGCUCUAUGCCAUCGGAGGUUUCGAUGGAAAUGAGCGUCUGGGUAGCGUGGAGUGCUACCAUCCCGAGAACAAUGAGUGGAGUUUCCUUCCGCCUUUGCAAACGGGUCGCAGUGGAGCGGGUGUGGCUGCAAUCAACCAGUACAUCUACGUGGUAGGGGGUUUUGAUGGAACCCGACAACUAGCUACAGUGGAGCGCUAUGAUACCGAAAACGAUACCUGGGACAUGGUGGCGCCAAUCCAAAUCGCACGUAGUGCUCUCUCGCUGACACCGCUGGACGGAAAGCUGUACGCAAUUGGUGGAUUUGACGGCAACAAUUUCCUGUCCAUCGUUGAGGUCUACGAUCCGCGAACGAACACCUGGACGAAAGGAACGCCACUAAAAUCGGGACGAUCUGGCCAUGCUUCUGCUGUUAUCUAUCAGCCAGCUUGCACCACUACGUUAAUGGACUUCGAAGAGAGCGAGACACCCCAGACGGAUGGAAGUAAUGAUGGUGGCGCGGAUGCAAAAACAUCACAAAAUCCGUACGGCGGUGGAAGUCCGCAUUAUCCCGGAAUCGCGCCUAACAUGCAGUUCCACACCUCAUUCGGAAUGAGCGGCUGCAAAAAUUGUGACUCCGAAGUAGAUGUGAAGUCAGAAAUUCCGGCAGAAGGACAUAAUUUUCAAAUUCCCGCCAUCAAUUCGGAGGAGCUUGCCAAUCCGAAUUGCCCCUGGUCCAAAAUGCAGAAUAAAUUUCGAAGAACUCCACCCUUAUCUUUUACGGAAAGGGAUGACAAAAAAUUAAAGGCUCCACAUAAAUUCGAUAAAGCACGAAAAACAUGUUUACUUACCACCGCUGCGAAAGUGAUCCACAACCACAUUGAAGGUCGUCUCCGAAAACUAACUACAGCCACAUGACAAUACGAAUCCGAGCCUAAAGCUUAGCCACAACCAAAAACAUCAUUCAUUGUACAAAGCCUGUUCGCGUCCCAUAGAAUUCCAUGUUGAGAAGCAGCAUUCCAUUAAAAUCUAGCAUCAUUUGUAUAUGUAUAUUGUGUACGCUAGGUGAUAUUUAGUCAAACAGUUUUAUGGCAUCCAUAACAUUAACUGGCGCUCGUUAGCCCAUUUAAAAAAGAGUGAUUAGGGUUAAUAGUUGAUUAGUGAAAGGAAAGUGUCGUUUUUUAUGUAUUUCGUAGGUCCAUACUGAUAACUUACGUAUUGUACUUUUUUAGAGUAGGUUUAUCAAAGGAAUUAUGUGCAUUCAUAGUAAUUUAUAAGAAAACGCAAUUAAUUUAAGAGAAAUUAUAAUAAAAAAAAACAUUUACAAAAAUGA